CUGGACCUUCCUGUUAUAUAGGACCAAUCCCUGCCUACAUUGACAACACACUUCAGACCAAAGCAGUAGAAAGAGAUUAUCUAAUCCUUCUGCAAGAAACUUUGCUGAUGAAGAUGGCAAAGACCAACACAUUCUUGAUCCUGAUUCCAUGCCUGAUAUUCCUGUCUGUGAGCCACGGCCAGGAGGCUGAGUCUGACCUCCCAUCUCCUCGCAUGAGCUGCCCAGAAGGUUCCAUUUUCUAUGGUUCCCACUGUUACUAUUACAACUACCUAGACCAGUUGACUUGGGCUGAUGCAGAUAUCUACUGUCAGUCCUUUGAAUCAGGCCACCUUGUAUCUGUACUCAACCAGUCAGAAGGGAACUUUGUGGCCUCUUUGAUUAAUGACAGUGGUGUUCGUAACUCAUUUAUCUGGAUUGGCUUCUAUGAUCCCAAAAAGAACCGUCGUUGGCACUGGAGCAAUAGUUCCCCAGUUACUUACAAAGCCUGGACCAGUGGAUCUCCAAACAAUAACAAUCCUGGCUACUGUGCAGCACUGGCUUCCAAUGAAGGAUACAAGAAAUGGAAGGAUUUGUCUUGUGAACAAACUUAUUCCUUUGUCUGUAAGUUCAAAGGCUAAAGGCAUCUAGAAAAUGGAUGUUCUAGACCUGUUCCUGAAAUUAUUAUGGAAUAAAAAAUUAAACUUGACCUCAGCAAAUCAGACAGACUCUGUUGAACUUACCAUAAUAAUUUGACCCAUCCCAGUCUCUGGAACUCUAACACAGUAAAAAAUAAACAUGUGUCUCUCACUGAA